AUGGCAUGCAACUUCAUGAUGGGACAACAGUUCGUCGAUCAGUUGGGACUCCGUAGAACAUUGAAGAAGACUCCAUGGAAGUUCGACAGACAAAUCGCUGGAUUCAAGACACUCUUCGAUGGGCUCAGCUUCAUUACUAUCCACGGAGCCGGACAUAUGGCGCCACAAUGGAGAGCAUCACAGAUGUAUUACGCUGUUCAACAAUUCUUGCUCAAUCAUCCACUUUAA